CAUGGUAUGGUGCGAUGCUACCCGGGGUUUGUCACGUCAGUUCAAUAGUGAACCAGUGGUUAAUAGAAUAGCAUACAUGUUUAAAAAGGUACCCCGAUCUUCCUUUUACCUCCUGUUUUCUCUGACUUGUCCUUGACUCCCCGAAUCACUGAACGUAAUGCUCAAAAAUAAGAAUAAAACUAUCUUUACUAAAUCAGCGUCUGCUCUCUGUGGCUGUGAGUUCUAAGAGAACAAAGCAAAACAUCCCUCUCAGGCCCGUGCGUAAAGUCACCUUGGGACUGUCAUCGGCUGGAUGCUGCAAACAGUCGGAAGCGUGUAUCACCUCUCGGCUGAUGAGAGAGAGGCUUUCCAAGCUGCACCUGUCUCACCCUCUUUGUCCAUUGUCUGGGCCGGGGAGGGCCGCCAAGUCCUCUCGUUUAAGUGUGUGUUUGAGUGAGGGGGGACAUUGGAAAGAUGGGUAACGUUAGAGAUGCAUAAUAAGUCACAUUAGACGUUAAAAAAAAGGAGGAAAUUGCAGGAAGACAAGACCUCGAAAAAUUGAGUUUGGCUGGAUUCGGAGUCGUGGGUGACUGUUUUGGGAGGGAGACGGUGAGACCACAGGAGGAGGAGGAGGAGAAGGAAAGGGGUGGGGGUCUACAGGGACAAAGAGAAGCUGGCCAGGUGUAUUGCCUCUCAGUCAUGACCACAGCUCCAUGCCGGUAGCUACGAGAAGGGAGCAGACCGAGUGAGGAGCCGUCAAAGGGACACAGGAUGGUGAGGUGUUGGAAGCAUUCAGAAAACCGUCUGGAGGAAGCACAGUGCACGGAUGGGGGCUCUGCUGCGUCCACCCAGUCCCACUUCCCGCACAAGACCUUCUGGGUCAGCCUCUCGGCCUCACUGCUCCUGGUCGUCAUUGCCCUCGGUUUGACGGGGCACUUGGGGCUUUCUCAGCCUCACCCUGAGUCUCUACAGGUUGUCCGAAUCACAGUCCCAGAUCAGACCGGAGUUCUGAUCAACCAGUCGGCCGUUGUGGACCAGCAGAACGACCUGGUUACCUUUUCCGUGACCUCACCUGCAAACCAGACGUCCACCGUGCUGUUCGAUAUCAAACAUGGUUUGAUAUGCUACAAGCCUGUCGACCAGAAGAGCUGCUUCCUGCAAACGAUGGAGAAGUCCGACUAUGACAACGUGCACUCCCUCCUCCACGAGUCCACGCACAAGAGUCACUUCCAGCUGUCCGGGAAUGAGACCCGGAGGCAGAUGGAGUUCCUGGGAGUGCUGGCGGACAGUCAGGUGGACGUGUCCACGCUGGAGGAGCCUCUCCAGGCUCUGUGUCAGGCCAGCUCCAUCCACUGGACCAGGAGGGUCGAGGGCCUGGGGAAACAGAGGCUGGUCUACUUCUGCAUCGACAUCUGCUUUCCCAGCAAUAUCUGCGUGUCUGUGUGCUUCUACUACCUGCCAGAGUGACUGUGUAUUCUCUUCCUCUCCUCCCAGCAAAAGAUCAGGCAAACAAAGUUGUCUUUUUAGCUCCCUCUACAAGAAAAAAAAAAACACAAAAGAAAAGCCAGCUUUGACUGUUUCCUUUGUGCCAUACAGCCACUAGCAAACCAGUGAAGCAGCCAACACUCCCAGUCUGCUUCCAUCCUUUCCGAGAGACAAGAGAUGGAGACAGGCUGUCGCGGUUAUCGCCAAAGCCCCAUCGUCACUCUCUUCAUGCAUAAUAUCUGCUCUGGUGGGACACUAAAGAGAUUUUUUUACAUGCCUCUAAUUGUAUUUCCUGUAACCCACUGCAGCAGUAUAAUUAUGUGUAU